AUGUCGAUCCCUAACGAAGCUUUGUCCAAGUUGUUGCAAGAAAUCGAGGCCCGUGCGAUCAGCUCGCAGCAGCAGAUGGGAAUCACCAAAGCGCAGAUCACAGCCAAGCAAAGGGAAAUUAGACUCUUGGAGUUGACAUCGAAGGAAGUUGGAGCGCUGCCGAAGGAUACUAAGGUUUAUGAGGGUGUCGGCAAGAUGUUCGUUGGAGUGCCAAUUAACACCGUUGACAAGCGAAUGUCGACAGAGACAACCGAGCUGAAAAAUGAGAUUACGGGUCUGGAGAAGAAGCUGAAUUACUUUGAGAUGACAAACAAGAACAGCCGGGAGAACUUGGAGCAAAUUUUGAAGUCGGGCAGGGCGUAA